UCUCUCACCCUAAUCACGUCACACUCUUCAUUAGCCCUCGUUCUGCUCUCACAGCACUGUUCAGUUCAGAGUACUUGUACAACUAACAACCAUGGAAAAUGUGCCUCUCCUCCUUAUCCUCCUGUUCCUCUCUCUCUCACCAGGACGGAAUCUGAUCAUGGGUAAUGAGCAGAAAACUUGGUGUGUGGCAAAGCCUUCAUCAGAUCAGGCUACCCUUUUGUCCAACCUCAAUUUUGCCUGUUCUCAAGUCGAUUGCAGGAUUCUACAGAAAGGGUGUCCCUGCUUUUACCCUGACAAUCUCAUGAACCAUGCUUCCAUAGCCAUGAAUCUCUAUUACCAAUCUAAGGGAAGAAACCACUGGAAUUGUGAUUUCAGAGCCUCUGCCCUCGUCUCUCUCACUGAUCCAAGUUAUGGAAACUGCAUUUACGCAUAGAAGGCAAACUAGUGGAGUAUAUAAAUUGAAGUACUAUCUGCAACAAUGUAGGCAAAAUUGGUGUGUACUUUGUAAUAGUAUUAGGUUGCCAUUGUCAACCCAUAAUAUAAAUGUAUGCCGCAUAACACGUAAUCAAAAUUUCACCUUUCUUAU